AUGGAGGAUGAUGAUGUUCCUUCACUCUCAGCGGAGACUUUUGCUGCACUCCAAGAGUUCUAUUUAGAACAACAGAAGCGCCAGGAGAUACUCAACAAAUUGGAGGCUGAUGACAAAUUGAAAGAGAAUAUAUUGUUUGAUGAGAACUGGCAACUGAGUCAGUUUUGGUAUGACGAAGCGACAGUACAGUCCCUGGUGAAAGUGGUGGACAGAACUAUUCAAGAUGGCGGCCGUGUGGCUCUUAUAUCUUGCCCGACUUUAUUUGUGCCAGUCAAGAGACAACUUGGUGAUAGAGCUUCAGUAACUUUACUGGAAUACGACCGUCGGUUUGAAGUGCACGCGCCAGACUUCAUAUUCUACGACUACAACACUCCACAGAAACUCCCUCCGGAGAUCUUCAACUCUUACGAUCUGGUGGUAGCUGACCCUCCUUUCCUCUCUGAGGAAUGCAUCACCAAAACUUCGGAGACCAUCAAACUUCUAGCUAAAGACAAAAUAGUUAUAUGUACUGGCAGCAUCAUGAGAGAGAACGUAGAGGAGCUGUUGAAUUUGAAGAUAUGUAAAUUCCAACCCCGUCAUAGAAAUAACUUGGCGAAUGAGUUUUCAUGUUACGCUAAUUUUGAAUUAGACGACAUUCUUAGUUGA